AUGAACAUAUUCCGCAUAUCCGCUGAUAUGUCGCAUUUGAUUGCGGUCAUUAUUCUUCUAGUUAAAAUAUGGAAGAGUAGAUCAUGCUCGGGAAUUUCGCUUCGAUCGCAAAUUCUGUUCGCUGUCGUGUUUUCUGCCAGAUACCUUGAUCUUUUCACCACCUUUAUUUCUGUCUACAACACUAUCAUGAAGGUGACUUUCCUUGCUGGAACCUAUGCGACCGUGUACUUGAUGCUUUUCAAAUUCCGAUCGACCUACAUGCGCGAGUCUGACACUUUCCGAGUUGAACUUCUUGUCAUCCCAGCCGCUGUGCUCGCUCUGUUCAUCAACUACGAAUUCACUCCGUUCGAGAUUCUUUGGGCCUUCUCCAUCUACCUCGAGGCCGUUGCCAUCCUUCCACAGCUUUUCCUUCUCCAAUCCACCGGAUCUGCUGAGGUGAUCACUGCUCAUUAUCUCUUUGCUCUUGGAUCGUAUCGCGGAUUGUACAUUCUUAAUUGGAUCUAUCGCUACUACACUGAGUCAUUUUUCGAUCCGAUCGUUAUUGUUGCUGGAAUCGUUCAAACUGUUCUCUAUGCAGACUUCUUUUACCUUUAUGUCACACGUGUCGUCCAAGUCCGAAAGGCGAUGGAGCUACCAAUCUAA